AAGAUAAAAAAUUUGUUAUAGAAAAAUUCUAGGGCUUUUUAAGUCAAAAAAAAAAAAAAAAAAAUUCUAGGGCUUUCGACUUCACUCUCUCGUUUCUUCAAACUAGUUCUCCGAUUUCCAUAACCACACUCUCUCACUUUAAACCCACUUCUCUGAUCGAACUCAAACAAACCCUCCUGUUUCUCUCUCCUCUCCUUUGCUUUCUCUCUCUAAAAAUGGGGUUCAAUUUACAGCCGUACGGUAUACAAUCCAUGCUUAAGGAAGGCCAUCGCCAUCUUUCUGGUGUCGAAGAAGCCGUCUGUAAAAAUAUCGAAGCCUGCAAAGAACUUUCCGACAUUACUCGCACUUCUCUUGGCCCCAAUGGGAGGAACAAGUUGGUCAUUAAUCACUUGGAUAAGCAAUUUAUCACAAAUGAUGCUGGUACUAUUGUGAGUGAGCUAGAGAUACAGCACCCUGCUGCUAAAAUCUUGGUUUUAGCCGGUAAAGCUCAGCAAGAGGAGAUUGGAGAUGGAGCAAACUUGACAAUCUCAUUUGCAGGAGAGCUUCUUCGAGGUGCAGAAGAGCUAAUAAGAAUGGGAUUGCACCCAAGUGAAAUUAUCAUGGGAUAUACCAAAGGGAUCAAUGAGACAAUUAAAAUCUUGGGUGAGUUGGUUGAGGAAGGCUCUGACAAAAUGGACGUGAGAAACAAGGAUGAGGUUAUUUCUCGGAUGAAAGCUGCGGUUGCAAGCAAGCAAUUUGGCCAGGAGGAUAUGCUGUGCAACCUUAUUGCCGAUGCAUGCAUCCAAGUGUGUCCAUACAACCCUGUAAACUUCAAUGUCGAUAAUGUGCGUGUUGCCAAACUUGUGGGAGGUGGUUUGCACAACUCUACUGUUGUGCGAGGAAUGGUUUUGAAGAGUGAUGCUGUUGGCAGCAUAAAGCGAGUGGAGAAAUCCAAGGUUGCUGUGUUCGUACAAGGUGUAGAUACUUCAGCUACCGAAACAAAAGGAACUGUUCUCAUUCACAGUGCUGAGCAGCUGGAGAAUUAUUCCAAAACUGAAGAAGCAAGAGUUGAAGAGCUCAUUAAGACAGUUGCCGAAUCUGGUGCCAAAGUUAUAGUCAGUGGUGGUGCUGUAGGAGACAUGGCAUUGCACUUCUGUGAGCGUUACAAGCUUAUGGUCCUCAAGAUCAGCUCUAAGUUCGAGUUGCGAAGAUUUUGUCGCACAACUGGGGCAGUUGCACUGUUAAAACUCAGCCAGCCUAAUCCAAAUGAUUUGGGACAUGUCGAUUCUGUUUCCGUUGAGGAAAUUGGUGGUACCAGGGUCACUGUUGUAAGAAAUGAAGAAGGUGGAAACUCUUUGACAACUGUGGUAUUACGAGGAAGUACAGAUAGUAUAUUGGAUGAUCUGGAAAGAGCAGUUGAUGAUGGAGUAAACACUUACAAGGCUAUGUGCAAGGAUAGUCGAACUGUCCCUGGUGCAGCAGCUACUGAGAUUGAGUUGGCGAGGAGACUGAAGGAAUUCUCUUUCAAAGAAACAGGGUUAGAUCAGUAUGCCAUUGCAAAGUUUGCGGAGAGCUUUGAGAUGGUCCCCAGAACACUAGCAGAGAAUGCUGGCCUUGAUGCGAUGCAAAUCAUAUCAUCAUUAUAUAGUGAACAUUCAUCUGGGAAUACAAGAGUUGGCAUUGACCUUGAGGAGGGUGCCUGCAAGGAUGUUUCAACAUUGAGUAUCUGGGACCUCCAUGUCACCAAGUUCUUUGCUCUCAAAUAUGCUGCCGACGCUGUCUGCACUGUUCUACGAGUUGAUCAGAUCAUAAUGGCAAAACAAGCUGGUGGACCUAGGAGAGAUGCUGCCGCUGCUGCUGGUGCUGGAAUGGAAGAGGACUAAGUGCUUCCUAUGAAAAGCUUUUUGUUUUUCCCUUUUUUGGUUUGUAAUUUUGUUGGUUCACGUAAAAUCCGUUUCCUGGCUGCAUUAUUUACCUCUUAUUUUAGUGUUUUUUGGAUGAUUUGAAACACAAAAUUUUGCUAUGGAGAGUGGCUAGAUUGUUGUUGUAGCUAUAGUCAGAAGAAAUUAGUAAAGAAAAACUGUUAAGUCGUAGAUCAGUUCUAAGAGUUCAUGUCAUAUGCUUAUCUUGUUUGGGGAAGAAAACUGAAUCUACAACUUUAAUUUUAUAGUUAUUAUUCUUUUAUUCUCC